UUUUGUCCCCGGGCUCUGAUUAUGGACUCUAUUAUACAUUCUAUAUUGAUGGUUUGAGCAGGAAAAUGCUUCUGCACGGACGUCUGGAUUCUGCGUCUUGAAGGGGGAAUUUGAAGAUGAAAGUCAUGAAGUGAAUGUCACAGCGACAGUUUAUCCGAUGAUUGAGACCGGCACCGCGACCAUGUUGGACCGAACCGAGCCGGCACACUGCACCGUGUGCUGCUGCACACUGGCCAACAAAAUCCUCAUGGUGCUCUUCAUGGUGCUGCUGAUCUUCGCCAUCUUGUUCGGGAACUUGCUGACUCUGGCUGUGGUUCUCGGGACCAAACACUUCCACACGCCACAGGGUUACCUGAAGGCCUCCCUGGCCGUGGCAGACCUGGCGGUGGGGAUUUUCGUAGUGCCGCUCUCCGUCUACGCCGAGGUUUACCUCAUGGUGGCCGACUUGGCGCCUGAGUGGACGUCCUACAACUCGCAGUUAGUGAGCUUCCACCCGUGCAACCUCAUUGGACCCAUCUUUGCCGGGUGCACCCUGGUCUCCAUCACCACCAUCUUCCUGCUGACCAUCGAGAGGAGCAUCGCUGUGUUGCGGCCUCUGCACAAGGACUCGGUGAUCACAAGGAGAAGGACCACGAUCCUCAUCAUCCUCUCCUGGGUGGGGAGCUUCUUCCUGGCGGUGUCGCCGAUGGUUUUCAGCAGCGAGAUCUCCCUGGAGUACAACUCCUGCAGCCGGAUGUGUAACUACGCGCUGGGGACCAUCGGCGAGUUCCCCAGCCAGGCGUGGAACAUCCUCCUCCUCUUCCCCACGUUCGACUUCACCCUCCUGGGGGGGACCGUGGUCAUCAACGUGGUCUCUCUGUCCAGCAUCAGGCAGCACUCGAGGCGCAGGAAACACCUGGCCGAGGGGGAGCGCCAAAACAGCGGCAAACCUACGUUUUCUGACAUCAAAGCAGCAAAAACCAUCGGGACUCUGACGUUGGCGUUCACCGCCUCGUUCACCCCUAUCGCGGUCUUCGUGGUCGGGAACGUUCUGGGGAACAAGUGGUGCGACUUUUCCUUUUUCGCCUUCUGGAUUUUGGCCACCAACAGUUGCUGGAAUGUCAUCAUUUACAGCGUGAGGGAUCAGAAGUUCAGACUUUGCGCACACAAGCUCCUCAUGCCUUUCCAGAGGAAAACCUCAACCACAGUCUAAAAAAGCUUCAGGGACCAAAGACUUGAGUUGAGGACUGCAUCUGUUUGGAUGCCUGUUUGUCUCAGAAAGUCUUAGUUCAACACGCAUUGUCUCGUGAAGAGACGUGUCUGCAUGUUUCGUGGAUUGCUGUCGUGAAGUUACAGGUUUUUUGGUCACACGGGUUGGAUAUCUUCGUGGGCGUUUGUCUUGUUUCAGUCUGUGGAAAGGUUGUGUAACUUGAGUGUGAUCAAUUAAAAACACGAUGCUAACUAAAUCU